UUUCUAAAUGAAAUGAAAUUAAGAUUUUGCAAAGACCUUGAUAAAGAACUCCACCAAUGGCUGGGUGCCAUAGGAAAUAAAGUUGUUAACCUUGCUAAGUCUGCUUAUAAAGAUGAAUAUGUAAUUGCAAUAACUGCUGAAAUCGAAUGUGAAAUUGAUGACACUAUGAAGCAAGAUGCCACUUUGAAUGCUGCAAUUCUUUUAUUGCCAAGAUUGUUUAAAGAACAUUUGAUAGCCAGCCGAUGGCCUCACACCGACUAUUAAAAUGGCAAAUAAACAAAAACUGACGACAAGAGACUGCAGCAUUAUAUUGGAUAGGUGUGAAAUAGUUAAACAUUGUAGCGAUGUUGAUGUGUCAUUAGCAAUGUCUUGUGUUUUUGCUUCUUACUAUAUUUUUAAUAUUGAAUACCUUGCAAGAUUGAAAAAUACAUUAUUGUUUUUUGAGCAUAUUGUGUUUGGGUUGUCCAACAAAGAAUGUCCUGUAACUGUAUGCAGAACGGCUAAUACUUUACAUCAGCAAAUAGUUUAUUGUUUUAAAUGGCUGCAAGUAAUGUCUUAUGUUUUACUUGUUGUACAUGUGGUGCACAGAAAUAUUCGCUCAAAAAGUAUUUACAACAUUUGUAUAUUAUGCAUGAACACACAGCAGGUUUUCUUCAAGUUUGCAAUAUUGGUGGUUGUCCUUCUAAAUACCCAUCUGUAAAAAGUUUGCGUCAUCAUAUGCGCAAGAAGCAUUGUACCUUUUACAAUGCAGCUCAAAUAUCAGCCAAUGAGUCUGAAAAUACUAUUAGUGAAACAAUAUUAGAUAACCAAAUUUUAGCUGAGCAUGUUCAUGAUAACAUAAUGGAAGAGUUUGAUAGUAUUACUGAUAGAGAAGCUACAAGAUAUUUUCAUUCUAGUUUAGAAAGCACUUCAAUGACUCCGCUAGACAAUCUACUUAGCAAUUUACAACAACAUUUUGCAAUGUUUCUAGUUUCAAUAGCUGAAAGGCAUUCAAUUCCAUCUGUUGUGCAAAUUAAUGUGGCAAAUGAAGUUCAAUCUUUGCUGACAUAUUUUAACCACUGUUUUUGCACUCUUAUAAAGCAGCAACUUGGCAACAACUUUCUCUAUAGUAGUGAUUUUAAUGAACUUUUAAAUUGUGAUUUGCUUCUGGAUCGAGUUUUAUCUAAAGUUAAUACCAGCAAAAAAAUCAUUUCAUUUAGCAAGUCACAUUUAGGUCUUAUUCUACCAGUUGAAAUAAAGUUGCACAGUAUAACAGAAAAUUUAUAUCAGAAUCAUUUAACAACAUCAAAAAGUGAAACUUUUCAGUAUAUACCAAUUUUACCUUUGCUGAAAAAAUUAGUCGAAAAUGAGUUUAUCUGGAAUUCAAUGCAACGAAAACUUGAAAAAGAGGAGUCUAUUAACACAGAUUUGUUAAGCUCAUAUUCGGAUGGUUUCAUUUGUAAAAAGCAUGAUCUUUUUAAAGAUGAUAAGUAUGCAUUAAGACUCCAUUUAUACUGUGAUGAGUUCGAGGUAUGUAAUCCUAUAGGUGCCCAUUGCACAGUACAUAAACUCUCUGCUUUUUAUUUCUUCUUGGGCAACAUUGAAGAGCAGUAUAUUUCCCAGCUUCAGAAUAUAAACUUAUGUAUUCUUGUAAAAGAAAAAUUUAUCAAGAAAUAUAAAACUUACAAGCAAGUUUUAAGACCAUUAAUUCAAGAUUUGCUGACAUUGCAAAAUGAAGGUAUUUCAGUUAUGAUUAAUGGUAAACAAAUUCAAUUGUUUGGAGGUGUUGCAACUAUAUCUGCUGAUAAUCUUUCUGCUCAUGCACUUGCUGGAUUUCGUCGCGUUUUCAAUUCUGGGCGUUUUUGUCGUCAGUGUAUGACUUCUUACUCUGAAAAAAAUAUAGUUUUGACUGAAUGCAGUGCAAAACUUCGAACUAAUGAAAUGCACCAUUAUCAUUUAGCCGCUAUAUCUGGCCAAGGUCUCAUUUCUUCAAGUAUGUAUGGAGUUGAAAAACGCUGUCCUUUACUUGAUUUAUCAUAUUUUAGUGUUAUACAGUCUUUUCCACCAGACAUCAUGCAUGAUGUGUUAGAAGGUAUCAUACCACAAUUAAUAGGUCUAGUUCUAAUAAAAUUUAAAGAGCAGCACUUGAUUACAUUGGAACAGAUUAAUGUAGAGCUUAAUAUUUUUGAAAUAGGUAGAAAUGACAAGAAAAAUAAGCCAGUACCAUUUGUUUCACGUUCUGGUACUUCUAUUAACUUUGUUGGUUCUGCAUCACAAAAGUUUUGUAUGUUUUGUUUGCUGCCAUUUUUAAUUGGCAAUCGCAUACCAAAAUGCAAUAAGCACUGGUUGCUGUAUUUACAGCUUCGAAAUAUAGCAGAUUACAUAUUUGCUCCAAAAAUUACCAAAACUGUACUGCCGUAUCUGCAAUUUUUAGUAGAGCACUUUUUGCAAAAUUUCAUUGAACUAUUUCCCAAUAAUUUGACACCCAAAUUUCAUUUCAUGCUUCAUUAUGCUCGUCUUAUCAGUGAAUAUGGACCACUGCGAUAUUUAUGGUGCAUGCGUUUUGAAGCAAAACACUUAUAUUUUAAAAAAUUGGCUUCUGUUAUUAGAAAUUUCAAAAACAUAGGUUACUCUCUUGCGAAACGACAUCAACUACGACAGUGUUGGGAGAUGACAUCCUCUGACUUUUUUAAAGAAAAUUAUAAAAGUUCUAAUCUCUGUUCAAUUACAUUUGAUAGUUUAUCAACUUGUAUUCAGGAGAAAUUGAUGUUUUUCUUUGUCAAUGAUGUUUUUGAUAAAAAAGAAACAAUUUGGAAAUGCAAUGCUAUUAAUAUCAAUGGAACCCAUUUUCAUUUGCAUGAUACAUUCAUUUUAUCUUUAUUACACACAGAAGAAAUUCUUUAUUUUUUAAAAUUCUUCACAUUAUUCAAUUUCGACAAUGCUGGGUAUUUUGUGGUAAGCUGCUUAUUUGUGACAAAUAUAAUGCCCACUUGCAUGCAUUCAGAGUUAAAGAAGAUGAAACCUUGUCCAUAUGCUUACCAAAGGAUGUGUUUGACUAUCAACUACUUGAUACAUAUAUACUAGAAGAUGGUUGUACCUAUAUUACUCUUAAAAACUUGUGUUUUAAAUAGUUUUUUUUCUUGCAUUUUUUAUAUAAAUUUGUUGUACUUUAACAAAAAUAAAAAAGAAACU